GGUGGAAAAAGUUUACUGCAACUGCGAGGAAGUUAGAUUUUAAAAUGCAGAACAAAGACUGAACAUACUGACAUACCGGUUCUUUGAAGGGAUAUUUGGAAUUCAUCGUACAUAACAUUAUUCAGGCUUAAAAUAGUUCCCAAUCCAGUGGGACGAGUCACUCCAUAUUCCGUGAAGUCAACCAUUCCUAUCAAGGAGAGAGUCGGGGCCGCUGCGAGCGCGUGAACCGUGGGCUCCGGGGUGGUGCCCACGCGGUUGCGGGGCGGAACUGACGUUGCCCCGGGUUCGAGUACUCCCUUCCGGAGUUUUGUCCCGGUGUGGCUCCGGUACCCAGACGCUUCACCCCGCCCCCUGCCCUCCACUCGCUCACCCCGGUUCCGGCCGCCGCGGAGCACGCUCCUUAAUUGCGGCGCAGUCGCUAUGGCGUCACUGCCCUCGCGGCCAAUCCAAGGGCUGUGCGCUUGUGACCCUUACGCAUUUCCGUCGCCGGGAAGAAGGGGGUGAGUGUGUGGCGCCUGCGCAGUGGUCCUGGCCACCGGCUCGCUGCGAGUGGGGGCUGUUCCCUGCUGCGCGCGAGUCAGACUCGGGUUGGGGUCCCGGCGGCGGUAGCGGCGGCGGCGGUGCGAGCAUGUCGUGGCUUUUCGGCAUUAACAGAGGCCCCAAGGGUGAAGGCGCGGGGCCGCCGCCGCCUUUGCCGCCCGCGCAGCCCGGGGCCGAGGGCGGCGGGGACCGCGGCAUCGGAGACCGUCCGGCGCCCAAGGACAAAUGGAGCAACUUCGACCCCACCGGCCUGGAGCGCGCCGCCAAGGCGGCGCGCGAGCUGGAGCACUCGCGUUAUGCCAAGGAUGCCCUGAAUCUGGCGCAGAUGCAGGAGCAGACGCUGCAGUUGGAGCAACAGUCCAAGCUGAAGGAGUAUGAGGCCACCGUGGAGCAGCUCAAGAUCGAGCAGAUCCGGGCGCAGGCCGAGGAGAGGAGGAAGACCCUGAGCGAGGAGACCCGGCAGCACCAGGCUAGGGCCCAGUAUCAAGACAAGCUGGCCCGGCAGCGCUACGAGGACCAACUGAAGCAGCAGCAACUUCUCAAUGAGGAGAAUUUACGGAAGCAGGAGGAGUCCGUGCAGAAGCAGGAGGCCAUGCGGCGAGCCACCGUGGAGCGGGAGAUGGAGCUGCGGCACAAGAACGAGUUGCUGCGAGUGGAGGCCGAGGCCCGGGCGCGCACCAAGGCCGAGCGGGAGAAUGCAGACAUCAUCCGCGAGCAGAUCCGCCUGAAGGCGGCCGAGCACCGUCAGACCGUCUUGGAGUCCAUCAGGACGGCUGGCACCUUGUUUGGGGAAGGAUUCCGUGCCUUUGUGACAGACUGGGACAAAGUGACAGCCACGGUGGCUGGGCUGACGCUGCUGGCUGUCGGGAUCUACUCAGCCAAGAAUGCCACGCUUGUCGCCGGUCGCUUCAUCGAAGCUCGGCUGGGGAAGCCGUCCCUGGUGAGGGAGACGUCCCGCAUCACGGUGCUGGAGGCGCUGCGGCACCCCAUCCAGGUCAGCCGGCGGCUCCUCAGUCGGCCCCAGGACGCGCUGGAGGGUGUUGUGCUCAGUCCCAGCCUGGAAGCACGGGUGCGCGACAUCGCCAUAGCAACAAGGAACACCAAGAAGAACCGGGGCCUGUACGGGAAUGUCCUGCUGUACGGGCCACCAGGCACCGGGAAGACGCUGUUUGCCAAGAAACUCGCCCUGCACUCAGGCAUGGACUACGCCAUCAUGACAGGCGGGGACGUGGCCCCCAUGGGGCGGGAAGGCGUGACCGCCAUGCACAAGCUCUUUGACUGGGCCAAUACCAGCCGGCGCGGCCUCCUGCUCUUCAUGGAUGAAGCGGACGCCUUCCUUCAGAAGCGAGGCACUGAGAAGAUAAGCGAGGACCUCAGGGCCACACUGAACGCCUUCCUGUACCGCACGGGCCAGCACAGCAACAAAUUCAUGCUGGUCCUGGCCAGCAAUCUGCCUGAGCAGUUCGACUGCGCCAUCAACAGCCGCGUCGACGUGAUGGUCCACUUCGACCUGCCGCAGCAGGAGGAGCGGGAGCGCCUGGUGAGAAUGUAUUUUGACAACUACGUUCUUAAGCCGGCCACAGAGGGAAAACGGCGCCUGAAGCUGGCCCAGUUUGACUUCGGGAGGAAGUGCUCGGAGGUCGCUCGGCUGACGGAGGGCAUGUCGGGACGGGAGAUCGCUCAGCUGGCCGUGUCCUGGCAGGCCACGGCGUAUGCCUCCAAGGACAGGAUCCUCACUGAGCCCAUGAUGGACGCCUGUGUGCAAGAUGCUGUCCGGCAGUACCGACAGAAGAUGCGCUGGCUGAAGGCAGAGGGGCCUGGGCGCGGGGUUGAGCGCCCCCUAUCCCGAGUCCAAGGCGAGGCCGGCACCUCAUGGAGCCUGGCAGCGGACCCCUCCUGCCCCUGCACGUUUAGGAUAUGCUCCUCGGUGGGGACUGGGCUGUACUUGGGGCCUCUCACCAGGAUGUCUUGUGGUGGGGGUCAGCCGUUCUGCCCCCCAGGACACCCCCUGUUGUAGGCACUGGCUAGGAAGGGGCAGGCCUCGUUCCCGCCCCUCGAGACACUCUUGGGAGAUGCAUUUUCCCUCGCUCAGAGGCGGAGGGUGAGGCUUUGCACCCCAGCCCCUGCCCAGGCCACUGGGAGGGUGGGUGCUGGCUGAGCCCCUGGGGCAGAAGGAGUGGGGCAGGCGGGGUCUUUGUCCUCGGCUCCCACAGCAGAGCCAGGUGAGGGGGGCCUGCCAGGACUAGACAGAGGUGGGGCAGCCUGAACCCUGCUUCCAGCCAUUGCCAGAGGGCAGGGAACCUGGCAGGGGUGUCUGAGGCCACACUGUCAGCUGGCCGGUCCAAGCCUGUGGUUGGAGCUGGUGUCUGUUUAUCUAAUAAAGUCCCACAGGUGCCUCA